GAACAUCCCAUCUUUCUCUCUCCUCGUCCUAGUUAGUAGAUUCACACCUGAUGACGAUUAUCUUUUCUCGCAUCCCACGCCUUCUGACCUCUCCAGAUAAAACCUAAAAUACCUAAGCAAAAAGAUUUGACCUUUCGUCCUCUCAACUAGCUUCGACACUCUCUCUUAAAGUGAAACAAGAAAGCUCUGCAUCGAAGAAACCUCUAGAAAUGACGGAACUGCAACCAGCUGACAACAGUAAUCAGCAACCAAACGGCGGCGUCACUCCUUCGGUUCCUUCAACCUCAGCGGAAGCGCUGGCGAUCGCCGGCGGCGGAUCGAAACGACUGAGGAGACCAAGCGUUCGAUUAGGCGAAAUCGGCGGCGACUAUCACCACGCGCCGUACGAUCCUCAGUCGAGGAAACCGAAGUGGGCACCGACGGCGGCGGGUAACAAGACCAAAUCGUCGACGAGGACUCGGGCCCUGACGAAUAUCGGAACCCUAGAGGAUGAAAAUGUGGAUUCUUUUGGUGUGGUUGGGAGUUGGCGGGUCAAGAAACGGGUCGGGUCAUCUACAACAGGUGCGGCGAAGCGGGUAAGCUCCAAUUGGGAAGAAUUGGAAGGUGGGUUUAGGGAUUUCAGUAGACAAGAUUCAGAGAGUCCGGUAAAGGAGGAGUCUUUAGUGAGAGACGGUGGUGGUGGUGGGUUUUACGGUAGAGAAGGGGUCAAGAUUUGGUUGCAAGAGUUAGGGUUAGGGAGAUACUGGCCUAUGUUUGAGAUACAUGAGGUUGAUGAUGAGGUUUUGCCUUUGUUGACUUUGGAUGAUUUGAAAGAUAUGGGGAUUACUGCUGUUGGGUCGAGGAGGAAGAUGUUCUCUGCCAUUCAGAAGCUUGGUAGGGAGUUCUCAUGAUAGUGGAGAGUUUUGAUCGGUUUAGAAGAAAAAAAACAUGUUUUAUGUUGUUGUUGUUGUUUUAGUUGGUGAGAUAGUCAGUCAUGGUAAUGUAAGCUUGCAAUGUCUGAAACCACGAAUGAGAAGCCUUUUCUUCGUUUUUGUUUGUUAUGGUAUUUCAUUCGACGAUUGUUUUUACCUUUGUUGCUGCUUGUUUCAUUGUAGAAUUAACUACGGUUUUAUUAGUAGAAGUAGAAGUGGGAAAAGAAGAAGA